UUCCUAUAGUGAGUUUUACAGUUUACUCGUUGCGAGCGAUCAGUAUGAGCGUCAAGGAAAAUGUAACCGUGAAUCAAAAGAAAUACAAACUAGUGCCUCCAGAUGGAGGGUUUGGAUAUCUCAUAAUAGUAUCAAGCAUCCUUCAUUAUAGUUCCAUUGCAUCAUUUGUAGGAUGUUUCGGGUUGAUAUACAACGACUUCAUGAAAGAAAUCGGUAUAACUUCUACAAGAGUCAAUCUACUCUUAGGAAUAACCGCUUUGUGUAUAGCCGCAGGAGCGUUCUUUACGAAUUCAUUUCUAAAAAUAAUGUCUAAGCGUAAAUUAGCCCUUGUAGCUGCCAUAACAUUCGAUUUGGGAACAUUGGGAACGGUAUUUGCGAAAUCUGAGGGCUGGUUCUUUUUUUACCAAGCAAUAGUGCAGGGUCUGGGAUCAGGAUUUUUCUACAGCCUCGUACCUACUAUCCUGAACGACUACUUUGUAACGAAACGAUUAUUUGCGUUUAGCUUCGUACAAACCAUUACAGCCAUAUGUGCAAUGAUAGCCCCGAUGUUUGUGAAGUGGAGUCUAGAUACAUACGGAUAUCGUGGAACCUUACUCUUUAUAGCUGGCUUGAGUAUUCACAAUAUUAUAGCAGCGGUUCUAAUGCAACCAUUGGAAUGGCAUAUGAAGAGAGUUGAAAUUGUUGAUCAAAAUGAAAUGCAAAUACUACUGUUAGAGGAAAAGAAAGAACGGAAAGAAAAAGAAGCUAAUGCCGAAGUGCCUACAGUUAAAUUGACAGACGUUGAAUGUCCCACAGCAGCUGUAUCAGACAAUGAAAAACUAUAUGACUUUACAACACCACCGAAGAAGAAAUCAUGUUUGAGGAGAGUGAUAGAGAGUAUAAUUGAUUUGUCUGUGACUAAACAACUGCUGUUGUCGUGUGUGAGUUAUGGGCCAGCCUUGUGCGGCUAUGCCGAUGGUGGGUACUCGCUCAUUCUGCCUCAAGCACUCUACGCCAAGGAAUGGGAUCAAUACAACGUCGCUCUGGCGCUCUCUUUCGUCGCGUUUGGUGACUUGGUUACAAGGUUUUUACUCAUAUUCACCAGUAAAUGUUUGCUCAAGCUUGGAAGUCAGGAGGUGUACGUUAUUGGGAUUGCCGUAGCUUUCCUGUCCAGAUUUGCAAUGAUGUGGACCCAAAACAAAAUCCUCAUUUUAAUCUGCUUAAGUCUAACUGGAGCUGCUCACUGUAUCAUAUGCGUGCUGAUACCCAUGGUGGUGUCUGACGUUGUCAGUCCAGAGAAAUUCACGUCAGCUAUGGGCGUAGUGAUGAUGUUAACUGGAGUUACUUUUAUAAUUCUGGGACCAGCCAUUGGCGCCAUCCGAGAUUUGACCAACAGCUAUGCCGUAGCGAACUACAUCUUCAUGUCAUGCUACGCAAUCAUUGUUUUGUUUUGGUCCAUUGAACUGGUCUACAAAAAGAACAAACAUAAAAGGGUGCAGCGAGAAAUCGCUCUUAAAACUCUACGGGCGAAUAAAAAAUGAAUUUAUUUCUUUGUUUCUAUUUUAA